GAAGGAACAAGAGGAGCCAGGAUCUCAGUUUCCAUGUGGUCGUCUACACUCAUCGUAUUUUUCCUGUCGAUCAGGCUAAUUAACACUGAGAAUUCAUGUCCAGGUAAGUCACUAACAAUUAUAUGGCAAGAGGAUAUUUUAUAGUUACAACGGAAUCUCAAAAAUUAUCUUUGUGACCAUUCUACUUGUUCUUAAUGCUUUAUUAUAGAAUUUUAAAAUGGAGCUAUCACUCCCUGUGAGUUUUAAUAGCCUUUCUUAUAUCCUACUUAACAAAUAUUUAUUUAUAAACUGUGAAAUAUAGAAUUAAAUAUAGAAAUGUAUAACUUUUUAUCGCCAUCUUACUUCCCUGUCAGCCAUUGUUGUAAACUCUGAUAUUGAUAUAUAAAUGGUGGAACUGCACUCAACCCCUUUCUUUGGAAUCUCAGGGUGCUGCUGGAUCAGUCCCAGUGCCAAAGAGACCAUGCAUAAAGUAUAAUUGUAGAAAGUAAUCCAGGCACUCCAAAUUGUUCCAAACUGUAGGCAAUUUUAUUGGACCCAAUAAACUUGGGUUCAAUAAAAUUGCCUACUGUUUGGAACAAUUUGGAGUGCCUGGAUUACUUUCUACAAUUGUUGCAAACUCUGUCCCAUGCACCUGGCAGUCAGCAGACAGAGAAGAAGUUUGUGCCAGGACUGGAUUUUGAUAAAUUUGCUGAACCCUAAAUAUAAAGUAUUUUUUUAAAAUGGACCAUCACACAAGACGUUAUAGGUGAUGCUUAAUGGUUUGUUAAAUGGUGCAAUAUUAAGAGAGUGACAGUACCCAUUUAAAAUAUAUUACCUAUUUUAUUUAUAUUGAACAAAGCAUUGUUUGCAGUUGAUGUACAUUUUUUUUAGAUUGGCAAUUCCACAAGAACUGGUAUUGAAGUUAUUUAGAGUGAUCUGCCUGAGAAAAUAUAUAUAUAUAUAUAUAUAUAUAUAUAUAUAUAUAUAUAUAUAUUUUAUUUAUUGCAUGAAAUUCACCUUGUUUCUGGUGGGUGUGUGUGUGUGUGUAUAUAUAUAUAUAUAUAUAUAUACCAGAAACAAGGUGAAUUUCAUGCAAUAAAUAAAUCCCAUAAUAAAGUGCUACUGAACCACAUUUACCACCAAUAAACACAACUACUUUUGUACUGGUUUGAACUUAAGAGUCUACACAGUUAACAUUCCCUUUUAUCUGUCAAAUAGAUAAGGAGCAGUUGGAUAAAAAUCAGAAGAUUCCUGGCACCCAAAGGUUGACCGUUCACCUCCUACUGAGAAAAUGCUGAAAUUUCACAUUCUCAUACAGAGACGUCCAACCUUUGUGGUCAGUGAUAGACUCCAUGAACUGGGUACAAAUUAGUCCACAUAGAUCAGUGGUUCCAAACCUUUUUUCACUCUAGUGCCCUUUGGCAGCCCAUUUCCAUAUAUUGUACCCUUCAUAUUAGCGAAAUGUUUGUUAUUAACAGGGUUGCUGUUAUCUCAUUUUUAUACUUCUUUCUCUGCCCCAUGCUCACCAUGCUUCUUCUGAGCCCCAGGCUCUCACCAGCUUUUACUCUGCCCCAGGAUCUCCUGCUCCUCUUCCGCCCUAGUCACCCCUACUUUCCCAGGUUCCCCAUACUUCUCACAAUGCAGAUAGACACAUGCAGAUACACAGACUCACCCAUUGACACACAUGCAGAUAUACAAACAAACAGAUUCACACUGACACACAUACAGAUACACACACUGCCAAACAUACAGAUACAGAAACCCACUGAAACACAUGCAGAUACACAGACUCAAUGAAACAUAUGCAGGUACAGACACACAUAUACAAACACUGAUGCACAUGUAUAUACAUGGAUACACACACUGACCCCCAUACAGUUACACACACACUGUUACACAUACUGACACACAUGCAGACACACAUAUACACAGGUGCACAGACACUCAUACAGUUGCACUGAUACACACACUAACACAUGCAGAUACACAGAUACAAAUACUGCCACACAUACAGAUAUGCUGACACACGUACAGUUUCACAGGCAUUGAUACACACACUGAAACACAUGCAGAUACACCGAUACAAACACAGACACACAUACAGAUAAACACAAAUACACACGGUGACACAUAUAGACAGAGGUGUAACUACAACCCGACAAGCAUCAAUGCAUAAAUUGCCCUGGGGCCCUCUGUGUCUCAUUCUUCCACAGCCCCACCAUGGGUCUUAUCCCACACCAGACCCUCCAUAUGUCUCAUCCCACACAUAUCUCAUACCACACCAGACCCUCCGUGUGUCUCAUUCCCCUCCACCCCCUCCAUGUGUCUCAUCCCCCACCAGCCACUACACGUGUCUCACUCUUCCCCCUUAGCCCCUCCAAGUGUCUCAUUCCCCAUCCCUGCCAAGUAUCUGAUCCCACGCCAGACCCUCCAUGUGUCUCAUCCCCCAGCCCCUCCAUGUCUCAACCCCACCCUCCCCAGGUGUCUCUCUUCCACAACCCAGUCCCUCCACCUGUCUCUCCCACAUCUCCCCAAUGUGUCUCUUUUACCCACCAACUGGCCUCUCCAUGUGUCUCUCCACCAUCCUCCCAGCCCCUCCAUGUGUCACUCCCCCAUCUCCUCAUUCUCUCCACGUAUCUCUCCCUCAUCUCUCUAUCCCCUCCAUGUGUCUUUCCCCCUACCUCCAUGUUUCUCUCCCUCAUCUCCCCAUCCCCACCAUGUAUCUUUUCCCCCACCAUGUGCCUUCCCCCCCUCCCCACCAUCUGUCUCUCAUGCUCCCCUUCAUGUGUCUCUCUCCCUUCCCCUUCAUAUCUCUCCCCUUCAUGUGUUUCCCCCAUUGCUCCCUACCCUCCAUGUGUCUCUCCCCCAUCCUCUACAUGGGUCUCUCCCAUGUGUCUCUCCCCCAUCUCCCAAUUCCUUCCAUAUGUCUCUCCCCAUUCCUUCCAUGUGUCUCACCUCUAUCCCUUUCAUGUGUCUCACCCCAAUUCCCUCCAUGUGUCUCACACCCAUUCCCUCCAUGUGUCUGCCCCCGUGGAGGGCAUGGGGACAUGUGUCUCUUCCACAUGUCCCUAUCCUCUCCACGUAUUUCUCCCCAAUGUGUUUCUCCCAGCCCCCACCCCCUCCAUGUGUGUCUCCCACCCUCACCAUCUCCACAUAUCUCUCCCAUCUCCCCAAAGUGUCUCUCCUCCACCCCCACCCCCAUGUGUUUCCCGAAUCCCCUCAUGUACUUGCUCACCUCAUUGUAGUGUGGUUGAGCGACCACGGUACUCGUUCUGAUAGGAAGUGCUCUGUCAGUGAGUACUCUCUGUAAGACUGCAGUCCGCUCAGCCAUAUUACAUACAAUGAGCGGAAUGAGGGUAGCAUUGUGCUGUGUGCUCCCCUCCAGCCAGUCACCCGGCGACCAUGAUAGUUUCCCCACUCCAUACAGUUACAAACACAGUGGAAAAUUUAUUCAUACUUACCGUAAUUUUCUUUUCCUGGCUAUUAUUCAUGGCAGCAUAUACACAUGGGGUUAGCUCCUCCCCUACAGCCGAUAGGACAGGAAAACCACCAAGGUUUUAAAAGGAGGCUCCAUCCCUAAGGUCCUCAGUCAGUUUACAAGCUCUACAGUACAUAAAUAGAGACAUUAAUGGGUGGGAAGUAUAUGCUGCCAUGAAUAAUAGCCAGGAAAAGAAAAUUACGGUAAGUAUGAAUAAAUUUUCCACUUUCCUGGCUAAUCAUGGCAGCAUAUACACAUGGGGAAUACCCAAGCUUACAGAGGGAGGGACAGAAUAGCCAAUCAAAUUAUCAGAAUAAUUCAACAUAGAUAGAAGAAUGAACUGAGUUAAGUACUUGAGUACCAAAUUGUGCAUCAUAGACUGUUUUAACAAACAGUAUGAAAUGCCAGACAAACGUGUCUAAAGAGUUUCAAAUGCUAGUUUACAAAAAGUGUCAGCAGAAACCAUUGCCAUGGCAACCCAUGAUGCUGCAACAGCAUGAGAGGAGAGUGCCCUGAUACCCUCCAGCACAGGUAGAGAACGGACGUGACGUCCAAAUUGUGCCUCAUUAAUUGCUUCAAUGUUCAAUAUGUAAUGCAGGACAAACUAGUUCAAAGAGGUCCAAAUGCCAACUUUACAAAGCUUCAGCAGAGACCAUUGCCAUGGAAGCCCACGAGAUGCUGUAACAGCACUAGUGGAGAAUGCCCCAAAUCCUUUGCUACAGGUAGAGAACGGCAUUGAAAGGCUCUCACUUUAGGCACGAUCACUGGUGCUACAUGCAAGACAACCAUAUCCUGUUGAAAUUCAGUGAAUGGGGGUACACAGGAUCAAGCCUGGAGUUCACCCAUUCCCCUUCCUGGGGUACCAGCCACCAGCACUUUCUGUGCUACCACCAUGGAAGCUCCUUCUAGAGGUUUGAAUAAUGGUUCAGUCAGGGCCCGUGAGACCAGUGGUACGUCACAUAUUGGCUUCACCACACUCAGUGGAGGCAUGAUUUCAAUCAAUGCCUAUAUGAAGCAAAGUGCAGCUAAGUGCACACAUUCACCCUGCUGAGGUACCAGUCACCAGCAACAGCAACGUCUGGGCUAACAUCAUGGAAGCUCCUGCUAGAAGUUCAGUCAGAGUCUGUGAGACCAGUGGUACGUCACAUAUUGGUUUCAACACCCUCAGCGGAGGCUUGAGUUCAAUUGUUGCUUACAUGAAGCAAAGCACCAGGGGCAUCAAUGCUCAAUCGGUACCCUUCAGUACAGGUAGAGAAUGACAUAGAUAAGCAUUCACCAUAGGCAGGAUCUUCAGGUGCCAAAUGCAAGACGACCAUACCUGUUGAAAAGUAGUGAAAGGGGGUUCACAGGAUCAAGCCUGGAGUUCACCCAUUUUCCUUGCUGGGGUACCAGCCACCAGCACUUUCUGUGCUAACACCAUGGAAGCUCCUUCUAGAGGUUCGAAUAAUAGUUCAGUCAGGGCCCGUGUGACCACUGGUACGUCACAUAUUGGCUUCACCACACUUAGUGGAGGCAUGAUUUCAAUCAAUGCCUAUAUGAAGCAAAGUGCAGCUAAGUGUUCCUCUAGAGUGUUAUAACACAGACCCUUUCAAGGCCUGAACGAGGAGUAAUUCCAACAGACAAAAGCAUGUCAAGCUUAGUAAAGCCUGUAUAGGAUUGUAAGAGGAUUUCAAUGAACGUCUCAGGGAUGCCUAUACUAAUAUGGCCUCCCGCAUCAACACCAGAACUUGAGGAUCCUGGUGUGUCAUGGGGCCUUGUAAUAGGUCUGGACGUACAGGAAUUUCCCUUGGAGUUUCCAGAAUCAUCUUAUUCAUCAUAGGAAUUAGAGUCGACACGGUCUUCCACUGUCACCUUUUGCAUUGCCUUUUUAAGAAGGUCGAAAACAGGAAAAUAUGUACAUCAGACUAAAAUUCUAAAUUUGAGCCAGUGUAUCCUGAACCUGAGCAUUCUGGUCCUAGCAUGUAAAAAAUACUUCUGGACCUGGUAGUUCCAAGAAAUGGCCAUCAGAUCUAUGUAGGGUAUCAGACAAUCUGCGUCAACCACGAGGAUACGUCAGGACAUGGUUGCCAAUCCACCUUGUCCACAGUUAUUCGGCUCCAGCAAACAGCCAUGGUAUUCUGAGCCACUGGUUGUUCUUCUGUGCCCUGAUCAUUAUGGGCUGGAAUUCCAUCAAUACGUAUCUGUGAGACCCAUCUUGGUAGAUAUAGGAUACAGUUGCAUUGAUAUUUGAGCAAAUUUGGACCCACUCGUUCUUCAGCAAGCCUCUGAAGUGAAGAAGAGUCUUGAAAAUGACUCUUAAUUCCAUACAAAUGAAUGGAAAUAUUGUGCAACAUGGUCCAAACACUGUGUAACCAAUCUUAUAAAAACUGGAAUUCGAGCUAAUAAUUGACCAAUGAGGUUCUGUUCACUGGAAACUCAGAUCUAAUCCCUCUUUCAGCUGCCAGGGUAAGGUGCAACUCCACUGAUGGGGACAUAGUAAGUGGCUGGCACCAAUAAUCUUUCUCUUGUUAGACCAAGAUAGGAAGGAUCUGUAAGGAAUCCAGAGAUGCCAUUGGGCCCAUCUGACAAGUCUGCUGGUGGAAGCCAGGAUUCCUAGUAGUUGCCUCUAUUUUCUUGCUGUUACCAAGCAGAAAUGAAGAAACUGGGAGAGAAAACCUUUACAAUCUGUGGAACUGUUCCCGAGAGAGGGAAAAGCAGAGCCUAGAAUUUUCCACUCAGGAAUGUCAACCACUGAGCUGGUCAUCAAGCAUAUUCAUCAAGCAGCCAAACUUUAGGAGUUAUGAAAGAACUAUAUACCUAUGUGUGCCUGCCUUCUGAGGGUCUAAGGCUAUCAGAGGUAGAUCCUCCAGAUAAUGGAACCAGGUGGAGUUCUGGACUCUCAAUAACACUAUAAGCAGAUAGAAAGAUCCUUGGGGCCGCAUUGAGGCCAAAUGGUAGGGCACUAACAUGGAAGUUCUCUUCUGAGCUAAUGCUGAAGAUCUCUGUAGAUUGGACUGAAAGUAAGCAUCCUUGAGAUAUAUAGAGGUAAGGAAAUUAUCCUUCCAGAUUGCUUGAGAUAUGGAUCUGAUUGACUCCAUCCCGAAGACUCUAACAUUCAGCCUCUUGUUGGCCCCUCUUAAGUCCAGUGUAGGCUUACAUGUGCUUUUCCUCUUAGCACCAGAAGAGAGGCGAAACUUGUCCCUGGAACUGCUCUUGUUCUGGGACCUAAAGUAUUUUUUAUUUUCACCUCUUCGUCUAGAAGGCUUCUUCCUUCAGUGUUUUACCUUUUGAUUCAUUGGUCUUAAUACUCCUGUUGGUAUGGAGACUCCUGUGCCCGUUAAGAAAAAACUCCAGUCUAUAUCAAUCUGGACCAUGGAUACCACUCAAGCCUCCAGAGUAUGACAAGCCCAGGUAUGUGUGAUCAGAAAAAUGAGGCUCCUAGUACUGGAGGAGAUAUGUUCAUUGCUGAAGAGCAAAACGACUGCGUUAUAGCUCCAUUAGAACCUUGAAAGGCAGGUUUACCAACUGCCAUGAGUUACCUCUGGAGUAUUCCCUGCAGGGCCAGUAGCACAAUGUAUCUCAGAAAUACUGGUCACUGGAGGUUCUCCGGUCAGACUAUGAGGAGCUGGGAUCCUUGGAACUUCUAUCCUAAGGUACCAAUAUCUUGCAGCCCUCAUUCACCUUUUCAAUGGAAUUAUCAGACGUUUUCCCAAACAGCACCACCCCUUCAAAUAGAAUGGUGUAGAGGGCAGACUUGGAGGAUGAGACCUCAUCCCAGAAACAGAACCAUAAUGCUUUCUUAGUUGCUAUAGAUAAAGCCAUUUGAUCCAGAGAAUAUCCUAGUUACAUCUAGGGAAGUUUCUGUGAAGAAAUCAGUUGUAACCUGAAGACUUCAGACUGCAUCUUCAAUCUUGGCUUUUAAUAUCUCUCUCCAUAGUAGCCUUUAGAUCUUUAAUCACAUAUUUCAUGUUUGUAGAAACAGCAGUGGAAAUCACAGCUGGCUGACCACCUGCAAUGGUAGGCGCAAAAUUUUGGACAGGUCUGCGUCCACCUAUGAUCCAUAAGUGUGCAACUUUGGUGGUGUAGUUCUGGGGUUGGAAAUAACUUCCUCCACAUGGUAAAGCCUGGCCUCUUUUUUUACCCCUGAGGCCUCUGGAACUUACUUUGUAGGCCCUGCCUGCAUGUCAUGUGGCUGCACAGUGAUAGGUCAUGCUGAAGCGACAACCUUCUGGAGGAAGUCAGUGCAUAACCGAUUCCAUCCACUGUUUUCUCCUCAUAACCAGAUCCUGGUGAAAAAUCAGACACCUGACAAAUAACUAAAUAUUACCUGUGGUAAAGUAUUAAGAAAAAAUGUGCACUGUUAAAUUAUAUAAGAAACCAGCGAAACAGCUUUAAAACAGGCUGAAGACAGCACUUAUCCAUGUCUGGAGACCCUGCAAAUACUUACACCAAUAAGUGUAUGUUUACUGUAAGUUUCCCUUUAUUUUAGGCACUUUCUGGCAAUUGCCCUUAUCCAAGAUGGCUGCCACAACUUGUAUUCCCACAAGUCAUCUGUAUUAGGCCCAAUAAGGCACAAACUGCACACAUGUGGGCCUAUUCCGAGUGUGUUUGCUGUUUAGAGACCAGGAAGAGGACUCUGUCUGAAGCCUACAUGGCCCCUAAACACCCAGGAAACCAGGAAUAAAUCACUGGGACCGAGGGGGAAGCAAAAUCGAUAAAAAAAGUGGCUGCAAGGAAGUUUAAAAGGCAACCACGUGCAAAAAGGUCAAAGUUUAAAGGCACCACAGUCUAAAGGCCUCAAGGUAUAAAAGGUAAAACAGUUUUCAAAUCUAACACAGUUUCCAAAAUGUAACAGUUUUUAAAAUAUAUCAGUCUUCAAAUGCACUGCAGUUUUCCAAUGCACUGCGGUUUCCAAUGACUUGCGGUAUUACAUGCAACAGAAUUAAAUGCCAAUUUAAAUGAAACAGUUUUAAAUGCCACACAGCUUAAAUGCCACACAGCUUAAAUGCUUCCUAGCAAAAGCACAACCGCAUAAUGUACCACAAUCUUAAAAAUAAGGUACAGCUGUAUAAUGCACUAGUUUAACCCCUUAAGGACACAUGACAUGUGUGACAUGUCAUGGUUCCCUUUUAUUCCACAAGUUUGGUCCUUAAGGGGUUAAAGAUAUCAAAGCUUAAAUGCAUCACAGCAUAAAAGCACAACUGCAUAAUGUACUACAGUAAAACAGCAAAUAAAGUAAUGAAGAUAAAACAACAUACAUGUCCAUAAGUAAAGGGAGCAAAUUGCUCACGUCCUAAGGGCUGUAGGACAGGAAAAAGACUGAGGACCUUAGGGAUGGAGCCUCCUUUUAAAACCUUGGUGGUUUUCCUGUCCUAUCGGCUGUAGGGGAGGAGCUAACCCCAUGUGUAUAUGCUGCCAUGAUUAGCCAGGAAAAUGGAACACAUACAGAUGUAUAGAUACACAGAUACUAACACUACCACACAUGCAGAUACAAACAUGACACACACUCCGAUGUACAGACAACAGACCCAGAUACAGACAUACAGAUACACACUAAUACAAACAAUGAUACACACUCAGAUACACAGACAUACAGAUCAAGAUACAUAGACAUACAGAUCCAGAUAUAUAUAUAUAUAUAUAUAUAUAUAUAUAUAUACACACACACACAAACUAAUACAAAGAAUGACACACACUCAGAUGUACAGACAACAGACCCAGAUACAGACAUACAGAUACACACACACUGAUAAAAACAAUGACACACACUCAGAUGCACAAACAACAAACCCAGCUACACACCUACAUAUACACACACUGAUACAAACAAUGACACACUCUCAGAUGCACAGACAUACAUAUACACACACUGAUACAAAUAAUGACGCACACAGAUACAGACAUAUAGGUCCAGAUACAUAGACAUACAGAGCCACACACUGAUACAAACACUACUUACAUACAGAUACCCCAAAACACACAGAACAGUGAACAUAUUAGCCCUCCAGUUUCCUACCUUAUGGGAGAAGGAGGGUGGCUUCUGCUAGCUGGAGGUGGUCGGAGUUGGGAGGCACGCAGAGCCAAUGGAGCUUAAUGUAUAAUAGAGGCGGAGUUAACAUGCAGGGGGUGGUGUUAUCUGUGAGGAGGUGGGGUAUAUCGGCAAUGGUGCGGAAUUAUGAUGCCCCAGUCCUGCAGUUUGAAGCUUCACAACUUUUCAACUUGCCAUGAGUGUGUCAGCUGUAGAGUGACUGAGCGCUUUAAAGAAAAUGGUAGAUAUAUUCUUUAGGAGUUGUUAAAGCUAUUAAUGACAGGCAGCAGUGCACAAUGCUCUGUAUCAGAAAUGCCCAGUCCCCUUGUCACCCCUGGUCUUCCCUGGCUUUUUAUAUAUUAAUUCUAUAUUUGAGCAAAUUCCCUUUGCUUUAUCAGGCAGUCACUAGUGCUAUUAUGGGAAAGAAAAAGAUGAUAGUCUACACUUACAUUUGGCAGUAGCAAGGAGCUGCUGCUAUGCUCUCUCUGUGUUACGUCCAAGAGGGCUUUUUGCUUCUCUCUACUGUGGGCACUGCAACCCCAAUAGCAUGCCUCCACUCAUGAGCAGCUGGCCCUGCUGUCCAAAUGGCAACUUAAUGGGAAUUCCUGAAAUCCGAUCUUAAACGAGAGUAGGCAUGUGCAAAACCUACUGAAACAGGGCAGAACUCAAACCAACCCUUUUUGACAUGGCUAAAUGCUCUCAAGCAUGGUUUGCUGCUGCUUAUUAACAUGUUAUUAAAUGUACAUUUGAACCUACAAUUUAGAAUAUUUUUUUGUAAAUAACUCUGUUAUUACCUAUCCCUCUAAACAAAGCUGCAUAUUUAAGGUACAUUUUAUAUAACACGUUCGAAGAAAAUAUUUUAUAUUAAUAUUAGAUUCAAUAUUCCCUCAUUUGUGAAAGCCUUUAACUUGUAGGACAAUAUCUAUAAAAGUACAACUAUGUUUCAGUAAAAUGAUAUUAAACCAUGAGAGUUAUGUAUUAAUGUGAGAAUUUAAAGUGAAUUUAAAAUUGGAAAAAAUCAUGCAAGUCUUUUGGUAGUUUGCCAGUCUAGCAUUAUAUUCUGAAUGUAUUUCAACACUGUAAUACAUUUCUUGUGUUAACAUUCCAAAUUCUCAGAAGUAAAAGUUGUUGGACUUGGAGACUCUGACAAAUUGACCAUACUCAGAGGAUGUCCGGGAAUCCCAGGAUCUCCUGGUCCUAAAGGAGAUACUGGUCCAUCAGGGGAUAAAGGUAAGUGUGGAUCCUAUUAUCUUAAAGAGAGCAAGUGAAAUCAUCUAAAAUGAUAGCAAGUACAAAUUAUCCAAUAGAAGCAAAACAAUUAAAGAAAAAUCUGUAUAUAACUUAUAUAUAAUGUAAAGAAAAUUCUGUAUAUAACUGAUGUUAUAUAAUGUAGAAUAGAAAAAAUAUCUAUAGUCCAAAUGAUAAUAAAAAUAAUAAAAUAUGUUUGUUCAAACAUGGACACAUUGAAAUGAAUAAACUCAUAUACAAUCGACAGUGAGAACAAAAAUGUAUCGAUAAUGUAAGAACAGAGAUGCCAUUUCAGAAACAAAAGAAAAUAAUAAAACCUUAUAAAACAAGUCUAAAAUAUUUAUUGAAGUGUGAAGUGUUGGAAAUUCACAGCGAAAAUAGUUUUCCUUUUAGUUUAUUUUGAUCUAAAGCAUGGAAUUUAUAUUGAAUUCCAAACAAUUCACACUUUUACAAAUAACCAUGCCACUGACCUUUAUAUUAAAGCAGCACUGUCAUGGCUCUCCAUUUUAUUUUUCCCCCCCAAAUGCUUCGAGGACCCCCAUUUCACUUUUUUUUUUAAUGCUUCAUUGCUUCUCCAGGUCUAUGUCCAAGGUGCCGCCAUCUUUGUGUUCCCGGAUGGUGUGUACUGCAGGGCCUUCAACUGCCCACACUAGCUAGCGCUGAGAAAUUCCUGUACAUGCCCACUGUAGACUUGGGAUUCACUAAUGUACAAAUUUCAGAUCGGAAAUUCGGCCAUUCGGCCAUCCAUCUGGAACACGAAAGAACAAAUAGAAAUUACAUGUGUCUUCUUUCGUCUUAGUUUAUUACAAGGAUGGAGCUACCGACUCUUGUCUCCCUCCUUGUAAUUUGUAAUAAUAAAAGCAGCGGGAGUUGUGUUCUCCACCACUUCUUAAAUCCUCCCCAUGCCUCCCCUCAAUUUAUGGGGGUCAAUUUGACUCUCAUAUUAGUAUAAGGGAGACUAAAUUCUCCCUCCUGCCCCUACUCAUUGGGCCACAAGUAGAGGCAUGUCUAAUAAAUAGUGAGCAGCGUGGUGGGUGCAGGGUACAUGAUGUCCCCCCAUUAUUACUUAGGACACCCACCUGCCGCUAAUGAGUAGGGUCUCGGGGGAAAAUAGAUCCCUCAUUAUUACUUAGGGACCCCACCCACCCACCCAAUUAAUAUUACAAUAUUACUAAUAACCUUUACUCGCAGGGCACGGGUGGGGCUGGAGGUGGACACUAUGUCCCCCCUGUUAAUUAUUUUAAUAGGUGCUCCACUACCCUUCAUUGCAUUGGGGGGGGUAUUUUUUUUUUUUCAACAAUGAGCAGUCACUGGCGACUCACUGUUUAGCAGAAAUGUCCCUAUUCACAGCACAGCGAGGGAGAAUUUAACCUCACUUAUUUAAUACUAAGUAUUGUUUUACUUAGUAUUAGUAAAUUGGUCGAAAGACCAAUUUUGGUCUUUCAGCUUUUUAGUAGAUAGCUCCCUAAUACUUUGGGAUUGCGAAUGAAAGCAAUUGGGAAAAGGUAAAUACGGCAUGACAGUGCCAUUUUAACUAACCUAUUUCAUAUUAUUUGGAUUAGUUAUAUUUAGAUAGAUUCUUCCUAUUUUUUUGUCUCAAUAACACUGUUUCUAUAAUCAUUCUGAUUACAGAGAUAAAGAUUAGAUCGUAUAGUAACCACUAGCUACAGUUAUGUUCUUGUUUGUUUCCUCAAUGCAGGGGUAGCCAGAGCCUUAUCUCUUAAAUUUUUGUAGAAGUACUUUUUCCACAAAUUUUCAUGGAAUUUGUAGUCCACCAGGAACUUAAGAACUAUGAUGGAAUGGGUGAGCCGGCCAAUAAGUCAGCAGACAGGUAUUGUGCAGGGACUAUGCUUGGUCUGCAUCGAAUGGGUUUGUGCAUGGUCUGGUAUCUCAAUGACACAGCGGGAUAUAUUCCAGUGAAAUACAGUAUCUGAGGCUCAACCAGACUGCCAAAAUAUGAGGACUAGGUAUAAUGUCUCUGGAGGCAUUUACCAGUAACCAACGGGUUAGAUGAGACUUUGCUCAUGAAUUCUAUUUUUCAUGUUGACAAUGGAGUUGUGGGAAACAAAACCUGUGUGUCCUAGUCAUGCAUGGAACUCUGUGAAUGCUUUGUUAUAAAGUUUUUUUUCAUCGUAUAUUGCACUUUGUAGCUUUUAGGUAUAUUUGACUACAUUUUGUGUGUAAAUCAUGUAUUUAUUUCAGGGCAAAUAGGAGCUGCGGGGAAGUCUGGGCCUCAAGGUGAAAAAGGUAGGAGACAUUAACUCUAUGCAUUUGUUUGAGAGUUUUUGAAAUAACUGAGGCAUACAUUGAAUUAGUGUCACGGUUGCUAGUGUGGUCCAACACGCAGAAACUAUUUAAACAUAUACAUAAAAAAGGAAAUAAAAGGACAGAGCGUAAACCGGACCUAAGAAUGGCCGGACUAAUACGCUAGAGAUAGAGAAUGGACAAUGGGAAAGCCGAGGUCAAGGAAGCCAGAAAUACUCAGAUACAAGCCAAGUCAGGGGAACCAGAAUUCGGAAUAACCAGGGAAAAGCCAAGAUCAGGAUACCAGGAAGUCAGAUUCAAGAUAAACGCAUUCUCAGGAACAGGAAACCACAACAGGGCAAGGAACUGGAGUGAAUUAGGGAUUUAAAUAUCCCUCUCUGGGCUCUGAUUGGUCAGAGGGUGACCUCUGACCCCAGAACGUGCGUGUGCGUAGUCACGCGCACGUCCGUAUAAAUUUGAGGGGCGGAGCUUGUGAUUUGCACGACCACGUGGUCAGCGCCAUCUUUGAUCUGGGCGCAACGCCCAGAAGACGCAGGGGAGCGGUUCCCGGCUCGCCGACGAGCAGGGAAGCUCGCAAUAUCGGCGAUGUCGUGCCGGUCUGUCACAGCUGCGCCAUGUGGCGGGCCGGGAGCCAUAACAAUUAGGUUAAGUGUCAUUGGCAAGUUGGAUAGCCUUGACGCAACAAAACUAUUACAAUAACUGAGAUCUAACUGUAAUAGCUAAAUCCAUGCAAAAUUCAAACGGCCAGCCUCAAACAGGAGAGUUCUACCUGUAACGGACCAAGGGUUACCUACCUGGUUACCUCCGCUAAUUCCUACACUUAGCCAAUUUGAAACCACUAAAACAAGCAGACAUUAAUUCCCCCCAGUAACCAGACGAAACAUAGUUCUGGGAGACAACCAGGGCUCGAGUUCUGCAGGAACGCGUGAGAAUGGCGUUUCUGCACUUUUUUUACAGCAGAAACGCUGUUCCCGUUGCUCCUACAGGCACUCAGGGGGCGGAAAAAUUGCCCCCCGUGUUCCCCUGUCAUUGGGGGGGUCUAAGAGGUGGCUUGAUGGCCACCUGAUGGAUUCCCCCCCUGGCGGGCACCUGUCUUCCUGUCAGACAUGGAAAGGGAGCUCUGUUCUCUCUGCCCCCUCGCACACCAUUUACUGAUGCUGGGAGACGGAAUAUGACGUCAUAUUCCGGCUCCCAGCAUCAGUAGACAGCCCGCGCAGCGAGAGGGAGCAGAGCAGAGAGAACAAAGCUCCCUUGCCACAUCUGACAGGGAGACAGGUGCCAAUCGCACUGAAACCCCAGGGACAGGUCCAUGCCAGCUCUCCAGGUGGGGAGGCUGUGUGGAAAUUUUUACAUUUUAAAAACAAUUCAUGGGAAAUAGGGUCCUGGCCGGUCUCUGUUCGGGGAUUCCUGAGCGAACACCAUGCUAGGGAUUCUCCUAAUUUUAGGGUAUGAAUUCUCCCCCUGUUAGGUAGUUUAUAUCUCCCGAACGUUGUUCGCAUAGUUGGUUGGGAAGUAGAACAUGCAGUGGUCUAAUCUUUACUGGGGUUUGUGCGAGCACCUAGCCGAAAAGAGUUGCAGGAACUCGACGACCAAAUACCGCUGCCCACGUUUGGAAGACAAAAUGGACGCCAUUCUUUUGUCGACCACGUGCAUUUGGUUAUACGACCACCAAGGGGAAGCCUUCAUUAAUUACUUCCCUUGUGGUUUAGCACUUAAGUUGAUGGUGUGAACGUUCUAAUGGGAUGGUCCUUAACAGGGGUGGUCCUCAUUCGGGAGAUGAAUGGAGGAGGUUCGCAUACAAUAUGAAAUGUACUAGGUUGGCAGAUAUAGGGAUAUUUAUACCAGGAUCAUUUUAAUAAACACUUCUUUUUUUUUUUUUUAACAGGGCAUCAUGGGGAGAAAGGAAAUCAGGGGGAGAAAGGUGAGUUCAGUAGAAACAACAUAAAGGUAAAAAGAAAUUACUAUUGCAAGAGGAAGAAAAUGAUAAAAGCAACAUGUGCACAUUAUACUCAAUCUGUACAUGGUAACACUUUUAAGUUUAAAGGAACACUACAGCGUUGGGACUAAAAACCUAUAUUUCUAAACGUCUCUUCUUCUUUUAGAUUUAGCCCCCACCUCCAAAUCUAAAUAAAAACUGGGGGGUGGGGGGGUGCUUUAUUUUUUAUUUUAUUUUUUAAAUGCCGAGAUCUCUGCUGUGGCUUGAUAUGCCUCCCUUGAUGUUACACCAACCCUUCUAAAGUCUAAUCCAAUUCUCCCCAUAGAGGGCAUUGGAAACUAAAACCAUAUUCACAGUAGCAUUGCGCUCUUAUUGGCCAGCUUCUCACAGCGGCAGCGCCUCUAAUGGCUGUUGAAAAUCACUGGAGUCCUAUUUAACCCUGCAAUGUUAUCAUUGCUGUUACUACUAAACAGCAAUGCUUUACGUUGCAAGGUUAAUACGAAAGGACCACUGCAUGCAGACCACCAAUGAAAUGAAGUGGAGAAUUCCAGAUGAGGCUUACUUUAUGCCACCUAGGUCUUUUUUUUUAUUAUACAAUCUAAAGACCAAGAUACCAUUUCACAUGCUCGUAUAGUUAUUUCACCUAUUAUUAAAGUGAGAUUUUGUAAUUUGCAUUCUAAUAAUACAGUUAAUUAUCUUGAAGGCAAUAGAUACAUCCUCAUAUAUGACAAUGUCAGCUCAACACUCUGCAAAGACAUGACUGUUUCCUAAGUGGUAGGGCUGGGGUCUUAAAAAUACAAAAACCCGUGUUGGGCAGUGUUUUGGGGUUUAUGUACAACUCUCCCAUUGUAAUCAACAAGGAGACGAAGAGUGGCUGAAAAUCUUCUUUUUCAUGAAACUGUAGAAUUGUAGCAAGCAAGGAUAAUUCAGGGGAGAGUGUAUGUUUUAGGAAUAUUGGUUUUCUGUACUUUAGUGAUGUCCCAAACGGUUCGCCACGGACUCCAGUCAGCAGACACAUUCCAGCCAAUCAGCAGCAGACCCUCCCUCCCAGACCCUCCCACCUCCUGGACCGCAUCCAUUUUGAAGCUGCAUUCUUAGUGAGCUGGGAGGGUCUGGGAGAGGUCUGCUGCUGAUUGGCUGGGAUGUGUCUGCUGACUGGAGUCCGUGGCGAACCGUUCGGCGAACUGUUCGGGACAUCACCACUGUACUUUUAAUUAUCAUUUUAUCUUUAUAUUUUUAAUGCUAAAAUAUCAGUUAAUUAUACGUAGUCCAUGUUAUGGCAUCUGAAAAUAAACAUUUUUAUUUUAUGUUUUUAACCAACAGGAGAGAAAGGAGAAUUUGGCCCUGGACCUGACUCAUUAUACGGUGUGUGUGUGUGUGUAUAUAGUUUUAUUUUUCUUAAGCAAAUGAAUGAUAACAACAUAUUACGCAAAUUGUGUACAGAAAUGAUAACACAACAUAUAAAAUAGUUCAGAUUAUUUAAUAAGGAUACAUUUCCACUUUCCUGAUGAGUGCUAUUUGAAUGGAAGAUAAAACUGAUCCACGUGGCCUCUGGAUUCUCCCACAUGUGUGAUGGUAUUGAUGCACAUUUGUGUCUAGCUUAACACGAGAAAUGUGGCCAUUGCACAUAGUACAGGGUACCGACAUGAUUACUAUGCAGUAGCUGAGAAGCUAUUAAUGCUUAAAAAGUCAGUACUGAUAAAUAAUGAGUAGGAUGUCUCUGUAGUGACAGCACUCUAUUUCAUUAUGAAUAAAUAAAAAGAUAAACAAUUGAACAUUUUUAUUGUGGGCCUUUAUCAAAGUAUGGGCCUGACGUUGUCGCCCACAUUCUUUUUAACUUCAAUAGGCAAAUGAUUUUCUGAGAGAGAAAAAAACUCAUUUUAGUGAGGUAUGUUGAUGAUAGCAUAGUUUUGCAAACAUGCUUCUCAUUGGAAGAUAUCCUAAAAUGGUCAGGGUUUAGGGCUAAAUAGAUGGACCCAAAUUUAAAUGUAGACCUCUUCUAGACAAAAUUCCACUUGAGCAGUUUAGAUACAAGGAUUAGAAUAUCUUGAGAUGGCUCAGAAUUACUGAAUGAAAGUGUGUGGCAAUAUUUGAAAAUGUGUUUACCGAAGGUGCCCAAUGUAACUUGUAUUUGCAUUAGCAUUUUUAAUAUUGUCAUUACAAAUGGGUAUAACUGGUAGGGAAUUCCCAAAGAUUCCUCUACUUGAUAUUGAUUCAACUGAUAAAUAUUUAUUCAUCCAACGAAUAAAUUAAAAGCUCUAUCAAAACUAUUUUAAAUUCUUUAUUUACAAGGCAUCAGAAAAUGUCAAUUACAAUAAAGAUGAACACAUCAAAACAGCUAUACAAGCAAGAAACAUACAAUUUUAUAACACUAUUAAGACAAGAAUAUUACAAAUGCACCCUACUCCAGGUUCUAGUGGUGAUUGUGUUCUAUUAGUUUCGAGUUUCCAAGCCAGCACGGAGGUGGUAUAGGUGGAAGGAGGGAAGGCGUACCUACAACACAAUAAGUGACCCUUGUGUUUCAGACCAACACCAAUCCAAAUCGCAAUUUUUUCUUUUCUGUGCUUGCCACAGAACUAAUUAUUGCAUCUAUGAAUUUUAUUUUAUCACUAGAACACACUGGUCUUCUGACUCCUAAUGUUCAUUUAGUAUAUCAAAAUAAUCCACUAUCUAUGAGGGGAUACAGGGACAUGGUAGAUUAGCCAGUUAGUUUACAUUGAAGCUAGAUUAAGAGACAACUCGUGGGUAACAUUUCACACCUGGCAGAGGAACUUUGGUUGGAAUCACAGCUGCAAAUGAGGAAUUCAUGUUAUAAACCGUCUGACAUCUAUUGAAAUGGGUCAUACCACCUCUACUAGGUAGCCAAAUUAUGUAUGCACUACAGAAAUUACAUUAAAUUAGUAAUAUUCUGUGGUGCAACAAUUAAUUAUGCAUACAGAAUAAGUGGAAAUCAAUAGAUUAAUCUAUAUUAAUUACUUGUUGUAACACAACAAACACGGACAUAACUAAAUGAGGUAACUACUUGUUAUAGGCACUGUUUGACAUAACAUCUCCUGCAGCGUCCCAUUUCAUUUUAUUGUCUCUCUCAGCUGCCAGGAACUGUAAAGAGCUGCUGGACCAGGGAAUAGUACUUAGUGACUGGUACACUAUAUACCCGGAUGGAAAAACCCCCUUGAAGGUGCUGUGUGACAUGCAUACUGAUGAAGGAGGUUGGAUUGUAAGUUAUCCUCAAUGAUCUAUCUUAACAAAGUCUUCGAGCUCUCCAC